UGUGAUGUAAUGUUACCCGCAUCAGGAACAGUGAUCUUUUAUUUAUUUAUUUUCUUAAAACAAAUCCAAACAUUGAACAUGUUUUUAAGCUCUAAAAAGUAUUUUAGAUCAUAUUGCAUAUUUUAUGAAGUCAUUUAUAACUGUAACUGAAUACAUUUUUAAAGUAACCCUCCCAACCCUAUUAGUAUGUUGUUGGUUUUGUGUGUGUGCUCAAAAAAGUGAAUGGUUAUUGCAGACGCAUUCAGACCACUGCAGCAUAUGGCCAGACUCACGACCUCAUUAUACGUGAUGUAAACUAAUUAUUAUAAUUACUUAUAUUCAUUAACACUUAACAGUACCGGAGGAACGCCACGGAAUAUAGCAAAGAAAAAGUACAUUUGUGUGAUUAACUUGAGUAAAAGUGUGGCCAGUUAAACCUACUCUUAAAAGUACAUUUCCCCCCCAAAAAAGUUACUCAAGUGAAUGUAAUGAAGUAAAUAUAGCGCGUUACUAACCGCCUCUGCUCACGCUGCUAGUUAUAACAUGAGUACAAGUUAACUUAGACAUCAGACAUCACUUAGACAUCAAAAUGAGCAACACAUCAAAUAUUAUUAAAAUACAACGUUAUUCAAUAAAAAGCAACUUUGUGCUAUCUAUAAUUAGCCACAGCUCUGCCUCCCCUUUAUCACCAAACCUGUCCAACAGUGCAGGCUUACAUGCGCGCGCAUGCGCGCACACAAAACACUCCUCGCGCUUCAACUUACUUCCGGUACAGUGUAUCUGUCCCUGGCAUCAGGGGAAUAUCAGGCAGGGGAAGGAAGAGGAGUUUGCUGGUACAGGCAUGUUCUGAAACCACAUAAAUAUCCGGGUGAUUGUCCUUCUCAAGGGGACAGAUAGGACCCUCUGAAGACUUUGUAAGUUAAAAACAGCCGGUUUACUUCAGGAGUGUGACGUGACGGGCAGUGUCAGUUUCUGCGCUCACACACACACACACACACACGGAGCUCUGGAGCAUAUAAGCCAGUAGGAGCUAACAUUAGCCAGCCAGCUAUCUAUUGCUAGCUUAUUUUGUGGGAUUGAGGCGACAUUUCGCAGGACAGACCAAUAUUGGAUGGAUAUAAACGUGUAAUUCAACUGGAGUGCCAGAAAAAAAAGAACACUACAAAAAUCAACAUUUGCCCUAAGCACCAGUUUGUGUGGAACUAGCAACACAGGAACCGACAUGGGUACACCGGGUUCAGGACGAAAACGGGCACCUAUCAAGGACCGAUUCUCUGCUGAGGAUGAGGCCUUAAGUAGCAUAGCGCGAGAGGCAGAGGCCAGACUUGCAGCAAAGCGAGCUGCCAGGGCAGAAGCACGAGACAUCAGAAUGAGAGAACUGGAGCGGCAACAGAAAGAGUUGUCUUACCGCCACUCAUCCUCUAGUAAAAAGUGGGGGCAAAUCCAGCAGUGGAUGGCUGACACAGAAAAGGCCUGCCAUGGCAAUCCAUCCAGAAGCCAGAGUCGCAGAAAGGGCCUGGAAGAUGAUGCAGUGUCAGUCCACAGCAGUGGAAGUUACAGGUCUUCUGCCUCGUCGCUGCUAGGCAACUCCAGCUUCAUGCCCAGUUCUAGGAAAAAAAGCUUGGUGUCUGAUGCCAGUAGUUCCCGCUUGAAGAGCUCUCAUUCCACUAGCUCAGUGUAUAAUGACCUUCACAGGAAGGCUGCUUCCUCCAGGAAAAAACCUGACCUACUGACGGGAUUGUAUUAUGACCAAAGGAAAUACAGCAGUCUAAAGAGCUCCAAACCACCUCCUCCUCUCUCCUCCACUAUCUCUAUCCAUCAACCCCGGGCUUCCAGCACUACCUCCACAGGUCUGAUGCGUAGCUACAGUGCGGCCUCAAUAUGUGAUGCUGGUCUCUAUGGGCCAUAUGGUUCCAGAGCUACGUCAGAAUACAGUUGGUGCUCUUCUGGUGCUAGUUCCACCCGCAGUAGUCCAGUGUCCUCUUCUGAUGACGAUUCUGCCAGCACUACAUCUCAGGAUCACAUCAAACGUGGAAGGAGGGAUAGUGUGUCAUCUGAGCUUUCUGACAUGAGUGAGACUGCUGCUGACUAUUUCAGCCGUUCGAACCGCAGAGGUAGUAUUGUUUCUGACCUAGAUGAUCUGAGCAUCCCAGAUCUGGACAUUUUGGACGAAAAAUGUGACAAGCAGCACUCGGAUUCCUUCAGUCGGCCAUCAUCUCGAUGUGCCACUCCAGGCCUAUCUGCUGCCACACUGGCCUCUCUUGGUGGUUCUUCAUCCAGACGAGGCAGCGGGGACAUGGCCAGUAUUGUCAUCGAACCGGAUGCCUCUCUCAGUGAACUGAGGGACAUCUAUGAUCUAAAGGACCAGAUUCAGGAUGUAGAGGGGCGCUAUAUGCAGGGUCUUAAAGAGCUGAAGGAAUCUCUGUCUGAAGUGGAAGAGAAGUAUAAGAAGGCCAUGGUGUCUAACGCACAACUUGACAAUGACAAGUCAAACCUCAUCUACCAGGUGGACACACUCAAGGACGUAAUUGAGGAAUUGGAAGAGCAAAUGUCAGAGCUGAUCAGGGAAACGGAGGACAAGUCAAAGGAAUUAGAGAGGCAAAAGCAUACAUGUUCAGUCCUGCUGCAUAAACAAGAGGAGCUAAAAGAGGGAAUCCGUCAGCGAGAUGAACUUAUUGAGGCAAACCAGAACAUUCAGUUCAAGUUAGAUACACUCACAAGGGAGGUGUUUGACCUACAGGAAACUGUUAACUGGAAGGACAAAAAGAUUGCGAGAGAUGGAGAGAAAGUGGGUGAGGGGUACGUCUGCCGGCCCAAUUUAUGACUUGGCCCACUGGGAAUUCUCCCCGAUGAGCCACCCCGAUGAGCCACUCCGGCUGUGGAUCAUAGUUACAAGGUUUCUUUUAAUGGCACAAAUCGAGCACAAACGAAUGGCACCAGUUUUGUGCAAAACACUCAAACAUUCUUGUUAUAUCUAAGGGGGAAAAAUAGUUACAGUGUUUGUUUUAACGGCAUAAAUCAUCACAUUCUGAGCAAUUUGGAACAAUUUGAGCAGCACGGGGUGGAGAGUGAUGUCACACAGCCAGAAAAAUGUUUAAUAUCUCAAACACCAAACCAGUACACAUGUUCAUUUAUUUGUAUACUUUGUAUUUGCCCAUUAAAGGUGGCAAAAGAUGUGACAUGAUUUGUCUUGGUGUCAUUUUUUUUACUUCACAAAAUCCUGCCAUGUGUGUAGAAUUUUAAUAUCAAUUGUAAUUGUGUGACUACAGAAUAUAAUUCAGGAUUAACGAUCAAAUAAUUAACUAAUAUAUAAAUUAUUAACAGAUUAAGGAAGGUAUUAAAUUAAAUCAUCCACCAUGAUUAGUUCUGAAAAUUGUAGGUUUUCCUGAACUGAAAUAUAUUCCUCUUUUGCACAUAUCUCAAUCAAGUAAUGUUUUAAGAUAAAAAAUAACAACUGGUUUCCCCAAAAGUGAAAAAAGAGAAAAUCACAUUUAAAGAUUCCAUUUCCCACCACAGUGUAGGAGGAUCAUAGACAUUUUGACAGACAGUAUGUGAUUAAUUAAAUUGAUUUGUCUUCUUGCACUUUGACCCAUACAGUCAUGGGAAAGAUAAAGUACACCCUCCUUCAAUUCUUUGGUUUUUAUUUAGCCGGUCUAAAUAGUUGUGUGGUCAUCAGCAACUUCUAUAAAUAAAACAAGCCCAGGUGUCAUCAAAAAAACAACAGAUUUCAAUCUGUAGUCAUUUCCCCCAAAAAAUUUUUACAAGCAGUAACCAGGUGGGAAAAAUAAUUUCACCCUUCGUAGUUCCACAAUAAUUGAGAGUAAUUAGCAGAGAGGUGUUACCAAAGAAAUGCACUUUUAGUUUCUCAGAAGUAUAAUUAGUUACUCAAGAAGUGUGACUACCUCGCUAAAGGUAAACCUUUGGCAGUUUGUUGUUCUGGAGCUGUCAGGUGUGCCCUCUGGGUUAUAAGGCCA